AAAUGUUUUUAUAUCUCAUGUUUUGCUUUAAUGGAGAGAUGGUACGUUUGCUCGACUAACUAAUGUGUGAAUUUAUAUCAGGCGGAAGCCGGGCUCCUAAAACAGCGGGGUCCUGACAGAGGGUGCGGGCUAAAUCCCUGACCCGCAUUUUCUAGUGCUUUAUUUACAGCGCGCACGAGCGUCGCGGUGACAUCAGUCAUUUCCGUGUUUGUGAGGACUGUUGAGAUGUAAACAACUCUUACACGAAUACACAACACGCGUAACUGAAGCUGCCUCGCUUCAUCCGUCGUCAGUGAGGUGGAGUUGCAUCUUCUGGUUUCUUCCCAUCGAUCCUGACGUCGUGGAGGUUUUCCCAGCGUGAUGGACGGCGAGCCUCCGGUUCACAGCUGGCUGUGUUCCUACUACCUUAACAGCGAGAAGCGCUGGACAAGCGGACGCCUUACUCUGACCCCGAGCGCCGUCCGCUUCAGCCCAGGUGGAGACGGAGGUGCACUCCUCCUGCUCCCGCUGUCCCGCGUCACACACGUCAGCACAGAGUCAUCCUGCUUCAUCUUCAGUGCUGUUACCCUGCAGGAGCGGGACGCCCAGAAGCACUGGUUCUCAUCUCUGAAGCCCAGCGCUGGCGCUGUGUUUCACGUCUUGCAGCACUUCUGGAGGGAGACGCUCGCCAUGCACACACACGCCGCACACACUCCGCUCAGCCGUGGACAAAGACUCAUCAGUAUGGUGAGCGAUGCGCAGCACACACUAUCACACACCGGCAGGGCGCUCAGCCAGCAGGGGGAGCAGUUCCACCACAUGAUCCACCAGCUCGACAAGAUGGAGUCCGACCUCGGGGUGGCAGACAAGUUGCUGUCGGAACUGGAGUCUCCGCCCUGGUGGCCGUUCGGUAAGUUCCCCUGGAACAGGAAGUGCCAAUCAGAAUCAGGUAACGCUGAAGCCAAAGCUCCGCCCCCUGAAGCCUCCCCCAGAUCGUCUAAAGAGAUCCUGAGUGUGCCAGUCGUGUUUUAUCGCGGCGGCGACAUUAACAAUGCAGAUGUGAAUUCCGGCGCUUUGGUUUUGUUAGCGUCCUCCAUGGAAGUGCGCGACACAAACGGGCGUCUCGUCCAUCGCUUCCAUAAACAGGAAGUGGAUGAGAUCCGUGUGCACGGCGUUUGUGAUAUCAGUGUGCGACAGCGCCACAUCGGAAAACCCGACGUGUGUUUCAGGUUGCUGUCGGCCAAGAUGGCAGAGGUGCUAUGCGUUCUUGAAGUGCAGUACAAGAAGAAGGUGGAGUUUGCCCGAGAUUACUCAGGGUUCCAGGCCACACCCAGUGAUGAUGUCACACCAGCGAGCGCAGCGUUCUGGGGCGCAGGAGCAGGUUCAUACUCGGACGUUCCUGUACAGCUUCCUGCAGGAGAUCUGACUCCAGUUCAGCUUCAUGCUCAGGAGAGCGCAGUGAGUCAGGAGGAGGCGCAGGAGCUCAAACAGAUGCUCCUGCAGUUGAAGUCCCUGGCUCUGGAGACGGACAGCGAGCUGCAGCGUCAGGAUGAGGCUCUGGACGUGCUGAUGUCAUCAAGCGAGCGCAACACUGCGAACAUCGACACACAGACGCGCCGGAUGAGGAGACUGCUCUGACCUUCGUCACCACCCUCAUCAUCAUAAUCACUUUCCUCAUCAUCAUCAUCACUCACUCACUCACUCACACGAGCAACUCGGAAGUCCUCCUGCAUGACUCAGUGUCUCCCCCUACAGGCAGUAAGGUGGACAGGUGAACUUCACAGACUGACUUUUACCUCAAGGGACAUGUCCUGCACGUCUGCCAUGAAAUAUUCACACAAACACACACACAAACGCACACACACACAGCUGAUUCGUUUACAUAAUUAUAAGCAAUCUGUACGUAUUAUAUAUGUACUGUAUGGCAUUUUAAUCUUUAUUUAUUUAUUUAUAUAUUUAUUGUCCUUAUGGAGUUUGAGAGUUAAUCCUGACUGAAACCCAAACACACACACACACACACACACACACACACACAAUAGGCAGUGCAAUAGCAGAACAACACCAUCAAACAUCAUCACACACAUCGUGUAGGACCUUAUCUGUGUGUGUGUGUGUGUGUGUAAACUGUUUAAAUACUGUCCAACAUCCUUUACAAACUAAAGUCCUGAGGAGAAACUGUAUUACCUGGAACUAAUAAGGAGAUAAAUUACAACAGGAGAGAUCAUAUCCGUGUAGACACAGCUGACACAGGUGUGUGUGUAAUAACAACCUGAACAAAGGAGAAGGUAUGGACUAAUGGGAAGUAUGGAAGGUGGAAAGAGGAAAUAAGAAACAAAGAAUCCAGGAAUCUUGUUUAAGUAAAAAGAGGGAAAAAAUUACUUGGGAAUCAUGAUUGGAGUAAAUGGAGACUGGAGACACUAAAUACUAGUACUGGGGAAAUAUGGGAAAGGGAAUAAAUAAAUUAGGAAUUGUGAUCAGGAAUAAAAUGAAAUUGGAAUUGAGGAAAUUUGGAAUCCUUUUCGAGAAGGAAAGUAGAAAAUGCUAUAAAAAGAAAAAAAACCUAAUUAAAGUCGAAGUAGAAAAGUAGUAGAAUCUUGGAGUCCGGGUUAGGCCAAGUCAGAGGCAAUGUUGAUGUGGAAGGGAAAAUUGGGAAUUUUAAGGAAAUUAAAAGAGGAAGGAGGGAAUAAUGAAGUUAGGAAGAGGGAACGGAGAGUUGGCACAUUGCGAAAAGGAAAUAGGGCAUGAUGGAAUCAAUUGGAUCAUUGCAAGUAAAAAAAUUGAGUCUGAGAGUCAUGGUUUGGGAGCUGGCAAGUCAAAAAAUUGAAGUAGGGAACCUGUAAAUAUCAAUCUGGGAAUAAGAAAAGUGGGAAAAUUGGGAAACUAGGAAAUUGGAAAACUGGGAAUUAUAGCUAUGUUCCAAUCAUUUAGUAGUUCCCUGUGAAGUACACGGCCAUU